UGUCGGUUACAUCUUGAACUGCACACAGCAGCUGGGACACCUCACUCAUUGAUGUGUCUUUGCUUUUACUCUCCCCAUCAUGACAGCGGGAAGGGCUGCUUUCAAAGUGGAAAGGGAAUUGUAUUAGCAUUAUGCUUAUAAGUGAAAUAAACACAUUCGAUAAGCAUCCAGCUGCUGCCGCUAGCUCGCUUGGUGGCUAGCUCCCGUAGCUCACCAGCCUGAGGGGGACGAGCUAACCGUGGCUAGCCAGUCGCUCUCUGGCUAGCUACAGUCAACCUCCAGGACGUGGAAGUUCAUUAUUACCAGUACCUGGCUGCGAAGACAGAUAGUUAUCUGUGUUUGUGGCACAUAAAGGGAUAACAUGGAGCUAUUCCAAGCCAAAGACGACUACAUUCUCCAGAGCGGGGACCGUGCUCUGUGGUGCAGCCGAAAAGACGGGACCAUGACGGUCAGACCUGCAACCGACCUGUUGUUAGCCUGGAAUCCAGUCUGUUUGGGCUUGGUAGAAGGUGUCAUUGGAAAGAUACAGCUUCACACAGACCUUCCUCUUGGCCUCGUAUUAAUCCGCCAGAAAGCCCUGGUGGGCACCCUUCCAGGCAACCACAAAGUCUACAAGAUCACAAAGAUAGCAGUCAUUCCUCUGUCUGAUGAAGAGCCCCAGGAGCUGGAGCUGGAGGGAAACUUCAUGGAUGGUGAGACAGAGAAUUAUUUUCAACUUUGCAAGAAACAUCACUUUGGAAUCGACAAACCAGAGAAGCUGGCCCCGUCUCCCGAUGACUCAAAGUUCUUGAUGAAAACCUUCAGCCAAAUCAAAUCGAAUGUGGCUGUGCCCAUCAAGAAAAAGUAUGCCCCUGCCUUCCAGGUCAAGGAAAACAAAGAGAAGGAACGUCUGGAGAGGCGGCUGCUGGAUGAGCUCUACAAGGUAUUCAUGGACUCUGACUCCUUCUACUACAGCGAGACCUACGACCUGACGAACACCGUGCAGCGCCAGGGAGACUCGGAGAAGUCCAGCCUACCCCUAUGGAAACAGGUGGAUGACCGUUUCUUCUGGAAUAAACACAUGAUCCAAGACAUUAUUGACCUCAAGGUGCCAGAUGUGGACUUUUGGGUGAUUCCAAUCAUCCAGGGCUUUGUACAGGUGGAGGAACUGGUGGUGAACUACAACGAGACCUCUGAUGAGGAGAGGAGCAGCCCUGAGACGCCACCUCAGGAUAUCACCUGUGUCGAUGACAUCCAUCCCCGCUUCACCGUGGGUCUUAUCUCCAGACGCAGCCGUCACCGCGCAGGGAUGCGGUACAAGCGCAGAGGAGUGGAUACCGAUGGCCAUGUGGCUAACUAUGUGGAGACGGAGCAGCUGAUCCACGUGCACAGCCACACUCUGUCCUUUGUGCAGAGUCGUGGCUCCGUGCCCGUCUUCUGGAGCCAGGCGGGGUACCGCUACAAUCCCCGGCCCCGCUUAGAGAAAGGAGAGAAGGAGACCAUGUCCUACUUUGCUUCUCACUUUGACGAACAGCUUAAACUCUACAAGAAGCAGGUCAUCAUUAACUUGGUGGAUCAAGGUGGACGGGAGAAGAUAAUCGGCGACUCAUUUCUGAAGCAAGUCCUGCUUUACAACAACCCGAACCUCACAUAUGUUUCGUUUGACUUUCACGAGCACUGCCGAGGUAUGAAGUUUGAAAAUGUGCAAGUACUGACCGAUGCGAUCUCUGAUAUCAUCACAGACAUGAAGUGGGCCUGGGUGGAUCAGGCCGGAGUCAUCUGUCAGCAGGAGGGCAUCUUUAGAGUCAACUGUAUGGACUGCCUGGACAGGACCAACGUGGUGCAGGCUGCUUUCGCUCGGGCCGUUAUGGAACAACAGCUGAAGAAACUGGGUGUGAUGCCUCCGGAGCAGCCUCUGCCUCUCAAAUGCUACAAGAUUUAUCAGAUCAUGUGGGCCAAUAACGGAGACACUAUCAGCAGACAGUACGCAGGCACAGCAGCGCUCAAGGGAGACUUCACCAGGACGGGGGAGAGGAGACUGGCUGGUGUGAUGAAGGAUGGCGUGAACUCAGCCAAUCGCUACUAUCUGAACCGCUUCAGGGAUGCUUACAGACAAUCCGUAAUCGACCUAAUGAUGGGCCUGCCAGUGACGGAGGACCUGUACUCCAUCUUCAGUAAAGAGAAGGAGCAUGAAGAGAAGGAGAUCGAGAGCCAGAGGGGAGCACAGGAGCAGGUCGGCCUCCUGCUGCAGACCUACAUGCAGCUGCUGCUGCCUGACGAUGAGAAGUUUCACGGAGGCUGGGCCCUCAUCAAUUGUGACAUGAGCCUUGUUGAUGCAAACAGCAAAGACGUUGACGUGCUGCUGCUUCUGUCUGACAAAGCCUAUUACAUUGCUUACUACGAUGAAGAAGCAGAUAAAGUCAACCAAUACCAGCGCCUCAAUUUAGAGGGAUUGGAAAAGAUCGAAAUCGGUCCAGAGCCUACUCUGUUUGGGAAGCCCAAGUUCUGCUGCAUGCGUUUGCAUUACAGGAGCGAAGAGACCAGUGGAUACUUCCACACGCUGAGAGCAGCCACACGAAACCCUGAGGAUGAUGGGAAAGACACAUUACAAUGCAUAGCAGAGAUGCUUCGCAUAACUAAAGGGACCACAGGGCUGGACAUGCUGGUGGUUGAAAAGAAGCUGGAGAGGCGGCAGAGUAAACCUCAUGAAGAUAUAAUGGGCAUCCAGAGCAAACCUGCUGACCAGGUGACGGGCAGCUCUGGUCUGGCUCAGGGCAAAAGUUUCCUCCUCAACAAAUUCUCCUCCCUCAACCAGAAAGUCAAACAGACCAAGACAAACGUAAACAUUGGCCCCUUCAAGCCCCUCGGUAGGCUGGGAAACUUCUCUAAACCCGAUGUUAAAGUAAAUUUCCUGAAACCAACUAUGCAUGUCAACCUGUGGAAGUCAGACAGCAGCUUGGAGACAUCGGAUAACAACCCCGCAGCAGCCCUGAAAGACAUGGCUGACGGCCACUCUGAAAUCUCCGACGACUCUGACUCCUAUAAUUCCGACACAGAGCUCCCGUGUUCUGGCUCUUUAGAAAACGUGGACUAUGUUCUGCCCAGCUGCGGCAUUGUAGCAUCGCACCCCCGACUGGGCAGCCGCUCGCAGUCUAUCGGCAGCGUGGAGCUAAAUGUCCCCUCUGUUAUCAGGGUCACUGGCUGCGACGGGAAGCAGGAGAGCCCCUCUCAAGACAGCGAUGACAAGUCCCCAGGGGACGCCUCGGUGGCAGAAGAAGCCAUUCUGAUCGACUUUGGUACUCCCAUUGAUGCCUACUGCCACCAGUUUGUCCAGGAUGCACAGACCAAACCUGUGGAGGUGUUUGGAGAGGUCCCACCAGCUGCCGUCCUCACGGUGCCUGUGCAGAAUAAGACCCUAGCAGACUCUGAGAAGCAGCCCAGCUCCGAACCGCCGGCCCCGGAGGAGCCCCAGCUCCCAAGGCCCUCCAAGCUAGAUGUCGACUCCACUACCUCCAGCGCCAACCUCCUCUCCGUCCAGAAGCCCAGCUCCGCAGCCUCAGGAGGCUCUCAGAGGAGCCUGUGUUCCCAGAUGGAGGGCAGCCUCUGCCCCUCACCCGCAGACAGCAACGGCAGCCGAGUAGUCUCCCCCUUUGCCAAGAUCAAGAGCUCCAUGGUCCAGGUGGCCAGCCUCACCCAGGCGGGACUCACCCAGGGCAUCAACUUUGCCGUGGCGAAGGUCCAGAAAAGCCCGGAGCCAGAUACUGUCAACGAAGCCCAAGAGAACGAGCUGAAGGCAAUGUUUACACAGUGCCAGACCAGGAUCAUUCAGAUCUAGUGCUUUCCUUCUAGCAGGAUGUUGUAGUCGUGUAGAAGCCUCCUGUAUGGUAGCAGUAACAAAAGCUUGCACUUAGCGUCACUACUCGGCCAAGAAAUGCGCUGUUGAAUUUGCCCUUUAGUUAAUCCUGCCUGUGUUGAUGACUAUUGUACAGAAUUUAGAAAUAUAAACCACGGCCUAACAUGACAGUGACCAUGUUUACAUGCACAUACUUAUGGAUUCCUUACUCUUAAGAGAGCACCGAUUGUCUUGUCUAGCUUUUUCAUCUAAUGACGGUUAGCUCAUAUCCAUUUUUGCCACGCAACAUGCGCAAUGUCAGGAGUUAUGAUUCCCAUGUUCCAAUUUUAUAGAACAUUUGAUAUAAAUAAGUGUAUGUACAUCCAAAUACUAUAUAAAUCUAGAAAUAGCGCUGCCGAUUAAGUAAAUAGUUUGUGAAUUUUCCUAUCAAAUUGCAAGGAAAUUAUUAUCAUGCUCAACUUAAGACAUAAAUAACACGUUUUUAAGAUAUUUUAAACCGUACGUCCAAAGUGGUAUGCAGAGUAUUUUUGUGCAUGUAAACAUGACACUAAAGUAAUUAUACCCACAGUGCUUGCAUGUGAGGUUAAGGCUAACUGAUUUUAACGAGGCAGGUUGACAGUAGCUGUACGUUGAAAGACCAAUCUGACUUUAUCUUAUACUGUACGUCACCCUGUAUGUGCAGGUCACUUAUCGGCGUUUGUGAUAUAGACCUCGUAAUAACCUUCGAUUUGUAACAUGUUGUUGUAGAACCCGACCAAAAAUCUUUUGGGAUUUUCCUCAAAGGACAAUUGUGUGUUAACGCUCCUUUGCAUAGCUGUCAGAAAGUAGCCAGACGACAUACUGUACGUAGUUCUCCUAUGUAAAAUCAAUGUUGUCACGUGUAACUUAGAGGAUAUACCUUUCUAGAAAUCAUGACUAUGUUGAUAUGUACAGUGAGUAUCGUAUCUGUUCCCUGAGUAGAGCCUUCCUUUAAAGCGUUUUUGUAUUGAUGGUAGGGUGGCAUCUUAACGUGUUCAAAGAGGUAUGAGAAUUAUAUUUUGAAAGGAACGCCCAGCACUGUCCAUGCUGACCCUGAAUAACCAGAAAACUGCUGAUUGGAAAUUGAUUUUGAUAGAUCCGAUAAUGGUUGUACUUUAUGAGGGAUUGUUUGAGUCCUCGGCCAGCGUUGUACAUUGACGUCGCAUGUCAGGAGAGUAGCAUAUAGUAGAUAUAUAUGCAAUUGCACCCAUCCAAUUAUUCGAAACACUGACGCUUUAUGCACUCCCUAAACUGAAAUCUUAUUUGCCUUAACAGGGAAUUGAAGUGGGAUUAUGUAUAUCAGGUAUUUAUGGCAAAAUCUACCUUUUUUUAAAGUCCAUUCUUUACAUGUUACAUUGUCGUACUGUAUAAAAAAAAAAUCAUGUUCAGGGUUUUGUCAUCAAGCUUUAUCUAGGGAUAUUUCAUCCACGGGCACAAUCGUUCUCCAUGGAAAUGAGCGGGUUUUUGGACAUGUAAAGCAGUGGGUUGGAGUGUGUAUGCUGCUGGUAUUUGGGAGUCCUAGUUAUAUUUAUAUGCUAUAAAGCCGUAAACAUUGUUAUACUGUACAUGUCGUUCCGUUAACCUCAAAUAGAGAGGUUUCACCCGUUACUGUCCUCCUCCACCACCUCAUCACGCUGCUGUGUAUAUCCGUGUCUAUCUAUGAUAAAUAAUAUUAAGAUUUGCUUCAAGAUGAAAUAUCCCAAGAUAAACGGUCGCACGUUUCAUAUUUUUGUGUUAUAUUUGCGUGUUUUCUUCAGUUGGCUUGCUCGCCAGCAAAUACUUGUAUAUUUGAUUGACUAUAAUUAUGGUCAGGGACAUUAUAUAGUUAUGACCUGCUGAUAGAGUGUGGUGCUGCCAAAGCUUUAGGGUGGAAUGCAAAGUUUGAAUGCAGAGGUUGGAAGGUGUUUUUCUUUUUUUAAUAUUAACUGCAGGACAUUGGAGCAGUUCUCAAGCAGAGCAGAAACGUAUUUCUGUCCCAAACUUGCUGUGUUGCUAAAAGGAACAAUAAUCCUCAACAUUCCCGAUAUAGACCACAAUGCAACAGUGUUGGUGUCUGGUUUUAUAUGCAACAGAUGGCAUAGCUCUAUGAUCCUAUAUUUGCUGGGUGAGAUUUCUCUCCUUUCCGUUUUGUUUUUACACCAAGUGCUUUGCAACACCUCUUGAUUUUUUUGUCUGUGGUUGACCUCCCCUCUUAAUAGGACCCCUGACCAUGAAAAAAAAACAUGUGACUAGAGGUCUUAAAGCAUUUGAUUUGCACUGUUUUAGCACAUUUUCUAGCAUUAGUACCAUAUCAUCUGAAUGUCCGUACUCAUUACUUUCCUCUUUACCAACUGACUGUUGUUUUCCACGGUGUACUGAGAUUGUAUUGUAUAUUAAAGUAUCCUAUUUAUUCUUA